GCAACUCCAAAGUAGCUGGACGGAAAUUAUGCAAGCCUAAGACUGCUGCCCCGCGCACGCCAGCCGCCGCAGCACUCGAAACGAUGUGGUCGCCCUCGCCGCAAAAGAAGAACAAAGCCACGCCGCCGAGCAGCCCCCAGCCCAAGAAAUUCUCAUGGAGCCCCCUGCCGCGGCGGCGCAAGCGCACGAACAUCGCGAGCCCGACGGUCGCUGCCCUCUCCCCGGCGAAGGUCGUGCAGCUCGUGAGAGAUCGGCGCACGGGUCUAGGGGAGGACGAGUUCCGCGCCAAGUACGGGUACGGCUGGGACGCGUGCGUUUGUUUUACUGUUGUCGACAAUGCAUUGACAGAACAACAACAAUCUGUGAUAACACGUCUCGAGUCCGGUGGCAUCGAGACGAAGCUCGUGGAGUCCUCGGAUGGCAAGCGAAGAUGGGCGUUGUUAAGGGCGCCGGUCCACCGCUUGGCGCGGGCCGCCGACGCGCUGGACUGGGUCGUGCCCAUGAACGAGGAGAAAGUCAAGGAGGCCAUUGAACGUGGUGGUCCCGGCAUUAAGGGAAGGAAGCUAAGGCACGACCCGAAACUCACAAAUAACGUAAGACCCUACGAGUGCAUCCACGGCAAGUACGAGACGAACAGUCAGAUGCAGGUGCUGUAUGAAGUGCCGCGCGGCUAUCCCCACCUAUUUGCCUGGCCUUUAUUGAGAUUGAAAUUACUCGGUACGAUCAUCGAGCAGCGACCGAGUCGAGGUGGGUGUGGCGUGAACUUCCAUAGACUCCAAAAAAAUAACAUCAUAGAAGCGGCCUAUCCUCUACAUGAUGUGGAGAAGCGGGAGCAGGUCAUGGAGGAGUUCCAGCGGUGGGGUUUACGGGGGGACGUGAAUAAUAUAAGGGACUACGUGGGCGAUCGCCUAGCGCUCUAUUUCGCCUUCGUGCACCACUUCACGGCGGGCUGUGCUCUCAGUGCGUUUGUGGGCGUGGCGACGACGUUCAUCAUGUACCUCGAGGCGUCCGUGAUCGAUCGGCCGCGAGCUAAAAGUAGAAUGCUGCCCUUCUUUUCAGCCUUCCAGUGCAUCUGGGCCAUCGGGUUGUUGGAGCACUGGAAAAGGAAAGAAAGUAGAUUGGCCAUGCGCUGGGGGACACUAGGCUUAGCGGAAACGGUGCCCGACCGGCCCGGGUUCCGGGGUCCGCUCCGGCCGUCACUCGUCGAUGGGAGACCGGAAGCCUUCUAUCCGGCUGGAAGACGUAGAAGACAUGCUUGUAUCGCGUUCUUUGUCGUCGCGGCACUCAUAAUAGUGCUCGUGUGGGUGAACAUCGGGAUCAUCUACAUGCGCGUCGUGUUGACGAGGGCCUUCGACAAGACGACGUCGUCGAUCAUGGCGGCUCGAUACGCUUCCGUAGUGGCAUCGGUGAUAAACACGAUAGCGAUACAAAUCAUGAACUACCUGUUCCAGUACGUGGCUCGUUUUUUCAACACGUGGGAGAACCAUCGCACGGACGUGGAACACUACAACAACUUGAUCCUGAAACUGAUCUCGUUCAAUUUUUGCAACUACAACAUUCCCUUGGUGUACAACGCCUUCUUCCAGAGACAUUUGGAGGGCUGCCCGCGUGGUAACGGUGAUAUAGAACCAGGUAAAGGUACUUGCUACUCUGCUUUGGAGAUGAAUUUAGGGAUCAUCUUCCUCACAAAAUGGUUCUCGGGGCUGUGCAUGGACCUACUCAUCCCGUACUUGGAGAAGAAGUACAAACGCCACAAGCACCCCGAACUAACAGAUGAGAGAGACGGCAAGCACGAGGCGGAGUUGCAAUUUGACUUGGCGCCUACCGACGGGUUUGAAGAUCAAAUUCAAGACAUGUCGAAUAUUGCCAUGCGGUUUGGCUUUAUUACGUUGUUCAUUACGGCGCUGCCCUGUUUGCCAUUAGUGGCCUGGAUCGCUAAUAAACUAGAAGUAGCGGGUGAUCUGAAGAAGUAUCUAUAUUUCAAACGGCGUUUGUGGCCGCGCGUCGCGUGGUCGAUUGGCUCCUGGACUCUGGUUUUUCAGUUGAUCGCUGCCGCCUCUGUCACGACAAACACGGCGUGUAUCUUCUACACCGUAAGAUGGCAGCCGCUCCAAGCUACCGGUAGAGAUGAGAAACUAAGACCUAAUGAGAGGGCCUUUGCGUUCUUCGCGUGCCAGUACUUUGUGUUUGCUCUGAUGUUGGGUAUCGCUGUUGCGGUGCCAGACACGCCCGAGGAUGUCGAGAUACAAUUGAAACGCAAAGCAUUCAUCUGUUCGAAGUUGCUAGACAGGACCCCCGACGAGGAGUCGGAUGAUGAGGACGCGCCCUCGCCUUUGACAGUCCAAGACUCCGACGACGAUGAGGGCAUGGACCAGGUCGACCAAGAAGAAGAUGCGAUCUUCGACGCCAUCGGGCAUGGGACCCAAUUGUUUACGCAGCGAUUGCAGCAGAAGUCGAAGGAAAUACGACAGAUGAAGGUCGUGCGAGGCAUGGCCAAGGCCGAGACUGGAGUGCUCAAAGGUUUAGCUCAAGCGGAUAAAGCCCUGGACCAUGUCGUCUCGGAUGAUUCUGAAAAGGGCCCGACCUGGGGCAAUGUCGAUGCGCUGGACACGCCCCACCGCCAGGAGGUGCUCGGUUCAGGUGUGGACGCGUUCUUUUCUCCUGUACCAAAGAAGCCGUCACCGAAGAAGCGCUCCACACCAAGAAAGAAGGUGACCUCGCCGCGGACCGAGGACCACCACCUCGGCGCCCUCUUCGAUGCGUGUGGCCCUGGGACCUCGCCGCGCGUGUCUCCUAGGGUAUCGCCGCGGCCCUCGUUAGAUGGCGACGACGACGAGCAGGCGCUCUUCGACGCGAUUAUUGUCGACGACGAGUCGUCGCCGCGGGCAUCACCACGAACAUCACCGAUGCCCUCUCCAAAAUUGCCACCUCCCACCCAAUCGACGACGCCGCACCUCGCGUCGUCGGGUUUUAACUUCGACGCGCUGCCCGCGCCCGGCGAGGGCAAGCCUGUUACCGGCGAGGUCGGUCCGCCUCCAGUACCAACGCCGGGCAAGUACGCGGUGGCGCACGCGUCCGUGGACAAGUCGCCGUUCGACGAUUCAUUGGACGACCCGGGCGAGGCGGUAUGAAUUAACAGUACUCUUUUGUUUA